AUGGCACCACCAUCAGCAGGGAAGCAAGGCUCAGAUGCAGCACGGCAGGGUGACAAGCAGCACACUAUCCUGGAGACAAUAGAGUUGAGUGAUGAAAGCGAUGAUGAGUUUAACUACGAGGAACUCCCUGAAGAUCCAGAAUUGCUGGAGCAGGAUGACGAGGAACAGCUUGAUGACAUCAAUCGCUUGCUGGCAGAGACCAAACAGCCAGCUGAUGGUCAGGAUGCGAGCGAAGAAGCCGGACUGGCCAAGGUGCAACAACGCCCCCAAGUCAUUGACGACUUCUUUCGAAACUUUCUGCUGAAGUACGAUAUGAAGCGCUCCCUGGAUGUUUUCCAAGCAGAGUGGUAUGAGAUGCAGCAAACGGGCAAAUUUAAGGACUCGGAGCUGACCAUCGUACCAGACGUAUAUACUCGCAACCACGGCUUUCAACAGGAGGUCUUGUUGCUGCGGGAGGAACUGGAGAAGGCCCGCAUGGUGGCUGCGAAGGCCAAGGAAUCAUGGGACAAGUUCCGCAAAGAGCGAGAUUACCAUCGCAUGCACCACCGGCGAGUUGUGCAAGAGAAAAACAAGCUCAUAGUUGAUCUCAAACGACUGAAGAAGCACUACGAGCAGUACGAGCCCACUCUAACAGAGCUGCGGCACAAGUACGAAGUUGCAAUGAAGGAAAAGAUGCUCAUGCGCCUGGAGCGGGAUCGCUAUGCCGCAAAGGCCGAGUCGUUGCAGAAACAACUCUCCCAGGCUGAAGCGAAAGACGAAGCUGCCAAUAGCAAGGAUCUCACUGAAGGUGAUGAUGCUCACAACAGGAAGAAGACGCUUCGAGAAGCACCAUGGCCAAGUGAAGACAGGACCAACCCGUACACAAACUCGAAUUUCGAGGCUGUGCGAGUGGCAGAUUUUGCCAGGACGCAGGUCUUCAAGGGUCAUUUGGGUGCAGUGUCACGUGUGGCUUUUCAUCCCAAAAUUCCGGUGGUUGCAACAGCUUGCGAUGAUCACACGUGGAAAAUGUGGUCUGUUCCGGAAGGCCAGCUUGUUCUCAGCGGUGAGGGACACAGGGAUUGGGUCAGUGGCAUCUCUUUCCAUCCACGCGGCUCCUUGGUCGCCACAUCGUCUGGGGACUCGACCGUUAAGAUCUGGGAUGUUGCCAAAGAGAAGUGCAAGCACACUCUGACAGAUCACACCCAGCCUGUGUGGGCGUGCUCCUUCCACGACAUGGGGGACUUUGUAGUCUCCUGUUCCAUGGACCAGACAGUCAAGGCGUUUGACAUGAUGAGCAUGCGAUGCCGCCAGACAUUCCGUGGUCAUGUGGACUCGGUCAACUUUGUGACGUUUCAGCCGUUUUCCAAUAACGUUCUUACCGCCGCCGGUGACAAAACGAUCUCGCUGUGGGAUCUGCGUAGCGGUCUUUGCGUGCAGACGUUCUACGGCCACGCGAACGCUUGCAACCAUGCCAUGUUCAACCUGAAGGGUGACACAGUGGCCUCAUGCGAUGCAGACGGAAUUGUGAAGAUGUGGGAUGUCAGAGUGGUGUCCGAGUUCCUUCAAAUCGACACGGGGCGCCACCCUGCCAAUGCUGCGAAUUUCGACCGAAGUGGAAAGAUCUUGGCCAUUGCGUCGGGUGAUGCCUCCAUCAAGACAUUCAACAUAGAGGACAAAGUCUUCGUUGCGAAUCUGGAGGGGCAUGAAGACUCCGUUCAGGACGUGGUAUUUGAGCCGCAAGCGAACAAGUUCCUCAUCAGUGCAUCCUCUGAUGCUACAUUCUCAUUGUGGCAGUGA